UGAUGUGGAGGAAUUUUGACUCACUCUUCUUUACAAAAUUGCUUCAGUUCGUUGAGACAAAGAGGAUGGCAAUAAGAGCCCUCUGGACAACUGAGGACAACAAGCAACAUUGAAUAGCAAAGCAAUUCAGUCCAGAAAUCAAAAUAUUUUCCAUUUCCUUCAGAGAGCCACACAAUUCUUCACCUUCCUCAGUAAGUGAGAGAGAAACAAGAAAAAAUCAAGAAGAGAUUUCUAGCUGGGAAAAGUAGAGUGUAAAAUUCAAGCAUACGUUAACAUGAAAAGUCAAGGGAGAUUAUUGUUUCAUUGAACAAAAGGGGAAUGUUUUGAAGUUAGUGGGGAGUUAAAGGUCAAUUGGAAAACCAGGUAGAGCAGACAGUUUUGCAGGCCUCCUUCUGGGAGCAAGAAAACGGCUUGAAUCAAAGCACUGCUAAACAAGGGAUCAUCCAUAUUUUGGACCUCCUCAAGAAUAUUACUUGUGGAAAAGCUCCAUAGACGUGACAGUUGUGGGAAAGAUACGACUUGUAAAUCACAGCUGAUUAUGCCUGAGAGGAUCCAGACUGGAGAAAAGUCAUACAAUACUCUAAAUGUGGCAAAACCUUUGGUCAGAACAAGUCUAUUGUGGUUCUUGGAAGGACCCACACAGGAGAAAAGCCCUACAAGUGCUCCCAAUGCGAUAAAUGCUUUAGCGAGCAUGGCAACGUGGACUCACACCAAGGAGAAACCACUUGAAUGUCCUGAUUGUGGGAAAUUUUUCUAUCAUAAUUCCAGCUUGGUGACACACCAGAGGAUUCACACAGGAGAGAAACCGUUUGAAUGUCCUGAUUGUGGAAAAUGUUUCAGUCAGCAUUCCAACAUGGUGACACACCAGAGGAUUCAUACAGGAGAGAAGCCGUUUGAAUGUCCUAUUUGUGGGAAAAGUUUCAGUAAGAAUUUCAGCCUUAUUGGCCAUCAGAGGACACACACAGGAGAAAAACCCUUUGAAUGUCCUGAUUGUGGAAAAGGCUUCAGUCAGCAUUCCAACCUGGUGACACACCAGAGGACUCACACAGGAGAGAAACCCUUUGAGUGUUCUGAUUGUGGUAAAAGUUUCAAUACCAAUUCCAACCUGGUGACACACCAAAGGACUCACACAGGAGAGAAACCCUUUGAAUGUCCUGAUUGUGAUAAAAGUUUUAGUAACAAUUCCAACCUGGUUCAACACCAGAGGAUUCACACAGGAGAGAAACCCUUUAAAUGUCCUGACUGUGGAAAAAGUUUCAGUCACAAUUCCUAUCUCAUUGGCCACCAGAGGAUUCACACAGGGGAGAAACCAUUUGAAUGUCCUGUUUGUGGGAAAAGUUUCAGUAAGAAUUCCCACCUCGUGAAACACCAGAGGACUCACACAGGAGAGAAACCCUUUGAAUGUCCUGACUGUGGGAAAAGUUUCUCUCAGAAUUGUACCCUUGUUCAACACCAGAGGAUUCACACAGGAGAGAAACCCUUUAAAUGUCAUGACUGUGGGAAAAGUUUCAGUCAGAAUUCCACCCUGGUUCAACACCAGAGGACUCACAUAGGAGCAAAUCUCUUUGAAUGUCCUGUUCUUGGAAAAGUUUCUCUCAGAGAUCCCAGCUCAUGGUGCACCAGGGGACUCACACAGGAGAGAAGCCCUACAAAUGCUCCCAAUGUGGUAAAUACUUUAGCGAGCAUGGCAACGUGGACUCACACCAAGGAGAAAUCGCUUGAAUGUCCUGAUUGUCGGAAAUUUUUCUAUCAUAAUUCCAGCUUGGUGGCACACCAGAGGAUUCACACAGGAGAGAAACCGUUUGAAUGUCCUGAUUGUGGAAAAUGUUUCAGUCAGCAUUCCAACAUGGUGACACACCAGAGGACACACACAGGAGAGAAGCCAUUUGAAUGUCCUAUUUGUGGGAAAAGUUUCAGUAAGAAUUUCAGCCUUAUUGGCCAUCAGAGGACACACACAGGAGAAAAACCCUUUGAAUGUCCUGAUUGUGGAAAAGGCUUCAGUCAGCAUUCCAACCUGGUGUCACACCAGAGGACUCACACAGGAGAGAAACCCUUUGAGUGUUCUGAUUGUGGUAAAAGUUUCAAUACCAAUUCCAACCUGGUGACACACCAAAGGACUCACAAAGAGAAACUCUUUGAAUGGUCGAAGCAGCAGCUGGCAGCCCGAUUGGUACGGGUCCAGGUAUUCCGUUUCCGCCAGGAAUUGUGGGAGCUGUUGCGCCACUACAGUCUCAACUACCUUCGUGAUGAAGCGAAGCUCAUUAUGCCUGAGAGGAUCCCGACUGGAGAAAAGCCAUAUAAUACUCUAAAUGUGACAAAACCUCUAAUCAGAACACCUCCGUUGUGGUUCAUGGAAGGACCCACACAGGAGAGAAGCCCUACAAAUGCUCCCAAUGCAGUAAAUGCUUUAGCAAGCAUGGCAAUGUGGACUCACACCAAGGAGAAACCGUUUGAAUGUCCUGAGUGUGGGAAACAUUUCAAUAGAAAUUCCAACCUCAUUAGACACCAGAGAAUUCACACAGGUGAGAAACCCUUUGAAUGUCCUGAUUGUGAGAAAAGUUUCUCUCAGAAUUCCCAGCUCAUGAGACACCAGAGGACUCACACAGGUGAGAAACCCUUUGAAUGUCCUGAUUGUGAGAAAAGUUUCUCUCAGAAUUCCCAGCUCAUAAGACACCAGAGGACUCACACAGGUGAGAAACCCUUUGAAUGUCCUGAUUGUGAGAAAAAAUUCACUACCAAUUCCAAUCUUAUAAGCCACCAGAUGAUUCACACAGGCGAGAAACUCUGUAAAUGUCUUGAAUGUGGGAAUAGUUUCAGUCGGAAUUCUGACCUCAUUGCACACCAGAGGACUCACACAGGAGAGAAACCAUUUGAAUGUCCUGUUUGUGGGAAAAGUUUCAGUCGUAAUUCGAGCCUGAUAAUACACCAGAGAACUCACACAGGUGAGAAACCCUUUGAAUGUCCUGAUUGUGAGAAAAGUUUCAGUACCAGUUCCAGCCUGGUGAAACACCAGAGGACUCACACAGGAGAGAAACCGUUUCAAUGUUCUGUUUGUGGGAAAAGUUUCAGUGAGAAUUCCAGCCUGGUGAUACACCAGAGAACUCACACAGGCGAGAAACCAUUUGAAUGUCCUGAUUGUCAGAAAAGUUUCAGUACUAGUUCCAGCCUGGUGAAACACCAAAGGACUCACACAGGAGAGAAACCCUUUGAAUGUCUUCACUGUGGGAAAAGUUUCAGUCGUAAUUCCACACUUGUUCAACAUCAGAGGACUCACACAGGAGAGAAACCCUUUGAAUGUCUUGAUUGUGGGAAAAGUUUCAGUCAAAAUUACUAUCUGGUAAUACACCAGAGGAUUCAUACAGGAGAGAAACCCUUUGAAUGUCCUAAUUGUGGGAAAAGUUUCAGUAAGAGUUCCCACCUUAUUAGCCACAAGAGGAUUCACACAGGAGAGAAACCCUUUAAAUGUCCUGACUGUGGGAAAUGUUUUAGUCAGAAUUCCCACCUUAUUAGCCACCAGAGGAUUCAUACAGGAGAGAAACCCUUUGAAUGUCCUGAUUGUGGAAAAAGUUGCAGUAAGAGUUCCAAUCUCAUUAGCCACCAGAGGAUUCAUACAGCAGAGAAACCCUUUGAAUGUUUUGAUUGUGGAAAAAGUUUCUCUCAGAGGUCCCAACUCAUGAUACACCGGAGGACUCACACAGGAGAGAAACCCUUUAAAUGUCCUGAUUGUGGGAGAAGUUUCAGUCAGAAUUCCAGCCUGGUGAGACACCAGAGGAUUCACACAGGAGAGAAACCCUUUGCAUGUCCUGAUUGUGGGAAAAGUUUCAGUCAGAUUUCCAGUCUGGUUAAACACCAGAGGACUCACACAGGAGAGAAACUGUAUGAGUGUCCAGAGUGUGGGAAAGAUCUCAGUACUAGGUUUAACCUUCUAAAUCAUAUGCUUAUACACAUAGGGGAGAAACCAUUUAAGUGUCCCAAGUGUGGACGGUCCUUCAGGCAACAUUCCAGCCUUAUUGCACACAAGAAAAUUCACCUGAAGCCUCAAGUGAUGAGUGUAGAGAAGGCUUGAAUUUCAUUUCUAACGGCCCAUUGUAAGUCCAGCUGAGAAACUGACUAUUUAAUUUUACUACAAAUUCUUUUUGUAAUGGUAUUUGCCUGAUUUUUUUGUAGGCAUAUAUGUAAUGAUAUUAGGUGGAAAGGAGAAAGGAAGAAAUUGCAACAUAUUAGUUUGAUAAUGGCUAUCUGGCCAUCAGCAGAAGAAGUUGCUGGAUAUUUAUUUUUGCAGAAAUUGUGCAAUUAUGUAAAAAUAUUUUGGGAGUGGUGUUUGCAUUUUUACCAUGGUAGAUAAUAUAAAUGCCACAUACAGAAUCCCAGCCUUUUUCUUCCUUGUUUGAUCCUAGAUUUUUACCUCAGAAUUUUCCAGCCAGCAUGUGUUGGGGAUAGGAGCACUCAGAUUAUAGUUAGAGAUUGUGGCUCCACAUAUAAGGAGAAAGCGAGAGGAGAACAGAAGUAAAGGAGUUUAAAAGUUCAUUUUUUCCUAACAGCUCUAGGAAUUCAGUGCACCAAGCAUGUCUCUUCAGAUUGUGUCAAGCAUGAGGCACGCAACUGGAAGAUACCAUAUGAAUAGCAAAUAUAUUGGAGUUUGGGGCAGUGACAAAAGCAGUGUAAAAUUUCAGAUGUAAAGUCUGUUGUGCCUUGCAAAGUGACCUUCAUUGAGAAAAGCUGUAGGAAUAUUGAAUUGAGAAAAGGGAUUGUGGUUUUGAGCACAGGAUCUCCAGGUUCAUUCGCAACUCCUGCUGUGAACUCCUUCACUUGCAGGUGCCUCCUUAUUAGCCUUUGACGGCUUAGGUGUGAGCAGCACCAAGGAACUGAUACUUUUGUGGUCUCCGCCGCCGCUUGGGGAGAUGUGAGGAAAAAAUUGUACAGUAGAUAAUGUUUAAUUUCUAAAACAGCGUAAGAAUCAUGAAUAGCUUUUGAGAAAGAAAAAUAAAGGAAAGUCUCAGCAUUUCUGUAAACAUUGGAAGAAUGUAAUGCAAAACCUUCUUCCCAACACAUGGAAGAUGUUUCCUGUGCUUUCACUUCUCUUCCAGGGCUUAAUUUUUUUAAAUCAUGUAUCCUUCAAAUAUGUAGAUGGAUUAUCCUGAUUUUGCUGGGAUUGGAAGACACCAAAAAUUCCAAGAUUGUUUGUUUCACCAACACAAUUCAAACACAAUUCAUUUCAUGUGAUACCUUUGCAGGACACCCAACAACCAGGCCAAGUGUGUGGAGAACCAAGAGGCUCUUGGCCUGAGUCUUAAGUCCAAGUGAUUUAGAAUUUAAACAUGUGCAAAAUUUCUAAAAUUUAAAAUAGUAAAAAUAUAUUUAAUCAAUUUUCCUUGUUUUCUUUCCUUGGUGUCACAUUUUAGUACACCAUUUUUAUCAUUUCUCAUCUUAUUAUAGUUAGGAGUUGGAAAUAUGAUCCCAAAGCCUCUGAAUCUCUUACAGGGCUAUAUGUGUAACAAUAUCAAGCAAAAUUAAAUAAAGCCAAUUUAAGAGUUAGAAGGGAUGGUCUACAGGGCCAGGUCAAAAGCCAUUAGUUCCCACUCAGAAGAACAGUCCAUUUCCUCAGAAUCAAAAUUUGAAGCUCAGAUUGAAAGGUUUAAUGGUUGCUGAAGGUCCUGCUUCAGGCACAAAGCCGUCUCAGAGACUUUGGCCUGUCCAGUCCUCUCAGGCCUUGGAAAGGGGAAAUCUUCUAUCAAAAAACUUUGCCAAGGAAACUGCAGGGAAAUGGGAGUGCAGGAUAACCGGUAGCAGACAUGUGGCUUGGGUCGACGAACCUGUAGUGACCACUGGCUGGCCACACCGCUGAACCAGUCCCCUCGGUCACUACUCGCUCACCCUGCCUCGUUUCUGCAAAGGCAGAGCCUCCUCCUUGCAGAGUGAUCCAAAGGGGAGGGGGAUGCUGCAGAAAAGGGCGCCUUCCCUCUGGGCCUCCCGGACUGGCUCCGCAGGGCUUGGGGCUCUGAAGCAGUCCACUGGCUUCCCACCCGGCUACCUGCCUGCUAUCUUUAACUGCCGGUGCCACUGUAGGAACUCGGCCUGCAGAGUCUGGUGUUCCGGGGGAAGGAGGCUCAGCUGCGGUGCCACUUCCCACUGGCGAAGAAGCAGAGCAAGAGGUGCGGAAGUUGGCAGCGGCUGGCGGGGUGGCAGCCCCCCAUGUGGGGGGAGGGCCAGGUCCAGCUGUGCCACCACGGAGCCCGCGGUACUUUCCCUUUGGGCUGGGUGGCGGCGCUUACCUGGGCGGGCCGGUGCAGGUAGCUCUUCAUCUUGCUGAAGAUCAGGUUGCUGUACUUGUAGUUCCGCAGCCGACUGGAGUGGAACAUGGUGUGGGUGGAGAGGCCGAUGCAGCCCCCGCCAAGGCCACCCUGGCCAAGCGAUUGCUGCAUCUCCCCAGCAACAUGUGCCGGGGCCACCUUCACCGCCUCCGUGUGUUGCACGUGGAAGAGGCUGCCGCUGCUGCUCUUGCUGCCCUCCCUGCCUGGCUGCAGACAUCCACCUGCCCUCCGGGAGCACCACUGCCAUCGUUCGCUUUCGUUUUGUGGUGGGAGAAGGAAGAAAGUGAACGGUGGUGCAUCAGUGCUCCACGUGGGCAGGCGGGUGUCUGCAGCCAGGCGGGGAGGGAGAGCGGCGAGAGUGGUGGGUUGUUCCAGGAAGAGCCUGGCAUUUACCUCAGCUGCAAAUGCUGAGAUUUGAGGUCUACAAAUCAUGUUAAAGGGUGAGCUAUUGAUAGUUGCGUGGAAGGGAAACAAAUUGAGCGUGGGACAGAGAGAGCGCAGGGCUGGACGUGGCCACUGGCAUCAUCCCACCACGGCCCGCCUAUGAAGACUUUGGCUCCGUGUGCAGCGCCAAUGGAGGCUCGGGGAUUUCAGGUGAGGAGCUAGCACACACCCCAACCCUGAGGCAUUGGCAACGAGCUAAAAGGCACUUCUUUACCCCUCACUCUGGGAUUCGAACCCUACCCCUAAGUAAAGGUGACAGGCAACAGGGAGUCCUGUGCAAGUUCUGAGAAAGCCAGCUUUUGGGUUCCCAGGCCCCGUUUAAAGCCCUUUGGCCUCAGCAGUUCUACAGGAAGUUUAGAAUGGGACUGGCCACUGAGGAGGAAAGGGCCCAGAGCUGAGCUUCCCAAUCUUUCGUUAGGCAGCCUUGAGCACAUUAAAAAAAAAACAAGCCCUUCUUCCCGGAUGCUUCUGUCCACUUUCCCACAUCCCACCUAUUGCUCCUUCUCAAUCUGCCUGGACUUUUCCCCUCCCCUCUUUGGAUCACCCUGCAAGGGUGGGGGGUCUGCCUUUGUAGAAACAGGGUGGGCGAUUUGUACAGAGGAUUGGCGGUGGGGAUGUGCGGCCCUCCGGGAUGGAGAGCAGGGCAAGAGAAGGCUCUGAGUUUUGCUUGGCCAGUCACGCCAGAUGGCGGAUGGAAACUCAAAGCGUUGGGGGCUUCAGAAGGGCAGAAUGUGCUUCAGAAUGUUCAGCUCCUGGCUCUAUCAGUGAGUGAUAUGAGUGAUGUCAAGUUGGCCACGCCACCCAGCCACAUGAUCACCAAACCACGCCCACAGAACCGGUAGUGAAAAUUUUUGGAUUUCACCACUGGACCUCUUGCUAUCGAAACAACGAUAAAAAGGAAAUAAUUCAUGAUUACUAUGAAAAACUAUAUGAUCAAGAGACAAUUGAUAAAAUAAAAGAAUACUUAGAAAAAGCAGAGUUAACUAGAAUACCAGAAACAGUUAAAGCAACAUUAGAAGAAAGAAUAACAAUGAUGGAAUUAACGGAAGCAAUUAAAAGACAAAAGAAUGGCAAAACAUCAGGCCCGGAUGGGCUACAAGCAGAGUUAUAUAAAAUAUUACAAAACUCCAUAGGCAAUUCAAUGUUGGAAGUAUUCAGUGAAUUAAUGUUAGAGGUGAAAGUACCAAAUUCUUGAAUGGAAGUAUACAUUACGCUCAUACUGAAAGAGGUUUCAGACUUGCAUCAGAUAAAAAAACUAUUGACCAAUAUCUUUAUUGAAUCCGGACUACAAAAUAUUUGCUUCAAUAAUAGCAGAAAGACUAAAGAGAUUUUUAAAUCAAUUUAUACAUGCAGAUCAAAAUGGCUUUUUACCUAAGAGACAAAUUAAAGAUAAUAUGAGAAUAAUUUUGAAAACACUGUAAUAUUAUGAAGCACAUCGAGAGAAGCAAAUGGUACUGAUUUUCUUUGAUGCACAGAAGGUGUUUGACAAUGUGAACUGGCAAUUGAUGCUGACAGAAUUAAAAGUUAUGGACUUUGGGGAGAGAUCUAUCAAGAUGAUGUAAGGCAAUAUACUAUAAACAAACCGCAAAGGUGAUGGUAAAUUACCUUUGAAAAGGACUGAAAAGGUUAAUAUCAGAAAGGCUACAAGACAGGGAUGUCCCAUGUCCAUUAUUAUUUGUAUUGACACUAGAAGUAUUAAAUAGAAGUAUUAGACAGGAUAAGGAGAUAAAAGAUAUGGAAAUAAAAAAGGAAGAAUACAAAUUACAGGCAUUUGCAGAUGAUUUGGUUUUUAUCUUAGAAGAUCCACGAAAAACGGCCAAAAUUAAUAGAAAGAAUAGAAGAGUAUGGCGAAGUGGCAGGAUUGAAAAUAAAUAAAGAAAAAAUUAAGAUUUUAGUGAAAAAUAUUACAGAGAAACAGAAAAAAGUUAAUGAAGAAAUUAGACAUUCAGAUUACUAAGAAAGUAAAAUACUUAGGGAUUCAAUUAACAGCAAGAUGUGUAAUGAUUAAGGAAGAUAAUUAUAAGGAGAUACAACAAAUCAAGAUAGACUUGGAAAAAUUGGAAAGUUUGUAAUUAUUGUUGAUAGGAAGAAUAUCCACAAUUAAGAUGUAUUCCCGAGAUUAUUGUACUUGUUUCAAACAAUUCCGAUAAGAUUGGAGAAAAAAAUACUUUGAGGAUCUUAAUAAAGUAAUAUUAAAAUAUAUUUGGCAGGGGGAGAAAGCAAGAAUUAAUUUUAAAAUGUUACAGGACACAAUAACUAGAUGAGGUUUUGGAUUACCAAAUUGGGAACUAUACUACCAGGCAGCAAUGUUAACAUGGAUGAAAGAAUGGAUUGUACUGAGAAGCACAAGAUUAUUGCCAUUGGAGGGACAUGAUUUGCAACUGGGUUGGCAUGCCUUAUGGUAUGGGAAAAGUAAGAUACAUGGUUACUUUCAAAGACACUAUGUAAGAAAUGUUUUAUUGUUAGUUUAGGAGAAAAUUAGAGAACAACAUUAUUUGAAGAUACCAGUUUGGCUUUCAACAAUCGAAGCACUUGUUCAUCCAAAUCUAUAUAUAUAAAAGCGAAAACCACUCAUGCUGUAAUCACGAAAUAUCCAGAACCUACAAAUUUGCCACGUAUGUUCCUCUUGGCUUCUAGGUGCUCACUAAGAAAGGAUUUUUCAAAAUGACUAUCAGAGCAUUAGUAUUUCCUAUAUUAUAACAUGAUCUAAUGCUAACGAGUUAGACGUACUCCUCCCUUCCCAACUUGAAAAUAACUCUGGAGAGAACAGGAUAGCAUAGGACAGGCUUCUGUGGAGCAAGGCUGAGGGAGAGAAGGGGUUAGAAAGCCUGAGGGAGAAAAGGGGUGUCAGAGAUUGUAGAUUUAAUAGCUGUAAGCUGAUGGAAGGUUGUAAGUGGAGGCAAUUGAGAGCUGAUGCAAUGGGAAUGAUUCAGCAUUUAGAAUUGCCGGUUUAAGAUUCUGAUGGGGUCCACACAAGACUGUUACCAUUUUAAGAGGUGUCUAUAUAUAGGUGACCAUUAGAGGGCGUAUCGUCGUGUAUCUCAUUGCUCUCCUUGUGUCCCUAGCUGUAUGUUAAGGUAUCUACCCUGUAUAUGUAUGUAUGUAUGUAUAUAUUUAGUUGUAUAUAAACCACUGUUAAUUAUCUAAA